AGGGUGGUUUGGUUUACUUGGGAAGUGAGACUUGCGGAAACCACGACACCAAGUGUCGGCGAGAGAAAUAUAAAGAAAAAGGAUUUGAGUUUGUCGAGUAUUUUGUUCGAGAGAAUUUUUUAUCAAUUUGACGUAAAGUAAAUUUGAAACAAGAAGUUGAUUAAACACUCGAGAUGCGAUCAUGAUUUUGAGAGGGCCGCGUCAAGAAGGAGACGCACCAUUCAAGACGAAGCGAUCUCCAGUGUCCUCUUCGUCCUCUGCGAGCUCGCUGCUGUUACUUCCGUCGCCAUCUUCUUCUUCAAGGGAGUUCAACGAGAAUACGAAUCAUACAAGCAGGAAGAUAAUAGAACAGAACAAAGCUGGAGGACUACCAAGAAGCGCGUCCUCCUCCUCUUCGUCGUCGAGGUGUUGCCAGGCUCAUGACGCCCUGGCGUCCGUUGCUCGCACUGGCAACAGCAGUUGUCGGCGUGUAUGCGGGAGCGAUGAUGCGAGCAGAGCGUUCUCGGGAGCGGCACUCGUCGGCAGUUCGCAACGCUGGCAAAGCAGUAAGGAAGGGUCGGCGGGUGCACCGGUCUUCGUACUUUCGCGACAUGAGAAGAGAGCCCAGAACAGUGGAGCAGCAAUUAUUAAGGACAGGUUAUCAUGAUCAUCUAGUGUUUCUUGUGUGGUUGCAUUUCCUGAAUUCUUGAAUCGCAUCGAAAGUCAAGGAAACAGAUUCUGAAUACAUGAGAUGCCACACAAGACAAAACGUAAACGUUGUGGAAAAACUGCCUCUAAAACGAGUGCGCGCUCAGAAGCAUCACGAACACAAGCUUCAUCAUCUAGACGCGCAAGGAGUGUCAACGAAACAGAUCAAACGACACGACGACGGGCCACAGCGUUUGCAUCAUCCAUCAUCGACCGGGCACCUUUCACAAGACCAAGGUCGUCAACUGCGAGGAGGGAAGAACGUCACUCGGGCUGGCAUGCAGAUUCCGCCUCCACAUCCCUAGAAUCGUGGACGCCUUACUCAGCAGUCGGGCCCUCUGAAGGGCCGAAGAAUAAUGGAUAUGGGCAGUGCGGAAAUAGUUCAUCUUCUGCGGACGAAGACAGUAGUUGUGGUACCGCAGGAGAUGCCUACAGCUUCCCGGCGACGAGCGGUGCACGUUUUUCCAGUAGGGUAGAACGACAUCGCGCAAGAACGGCAUCAAGUCUCGCAGUCUCAAACGAGCCAAGUCAGGAAGCGACAAUACAACAGGGUGAAACAGAUGGAACUUCUGGGACUAAUGAAAUAGGAGCAGCACGAUUGUCUUUUGGAUAUGAUUGCCGUGUGCGUGCUGCUCGAGAAGAUCCUGUCGGUAGCUCUGAGACCACGAAGUAUGUGCGACUGGAAACAAAUGCAGACUCUGUUCAGUGUCCAGAUGGAACAUGUGGAUGUGUGCAGCGGCCGAGGGCAGCGCCGCAAAAUCGCGUAGCUUGUGCAGGUCAAGAUCAUAACCGGCGGAAAGGGACGAGUCGACUUUGGGUCUUUUGCUAUAGUGUGUCAUCAAAGACUAGAACAGAUCAUAGUACUAGUAGUCGUCCUCGUCGGCCGGGUCACGAUGCCGUAGAUGGUCUAGACCAAAAACCGAAUGCAUCACAAAGAGACUGCUCUGAUAACCUGCCACCAAAUAAUGAGCGAGAUGUUGAAAUGGCCUCACGCAGUGAGGAUAGUGUGUGUAUUAGACAUUAUACUUGUUUACCGCUACGCGGGCAAGGGCAUGAUACUUCGAGCUCUAGCUCGGUCCCGCCUGAGAACGAUGAGGGCGUGGCAGCCACCAGACGGAAUCGGCCUCGUAGUGGAGAGCAAUCAAGAGCAUUAGGGCCUCGCAGGCAUCAUUGCAGGGAGCAAGACCUAACAGAAGACAUAGCGUGUAAGAGGCUGCGAGAACACUGUGGGCGAUUAGUCUACGCGCUCCGCAUCUUUUUCACGCUAUUUCGCGGAAUGAUCUUCCUCAUAAUGGCGGAGCCGAUAUUGUCUCCAACUUUGGUGUCUGCUCAGCCGAGCAUCUUCUUCAAACGGGAGAAAAGGGAUCUGCAGCCUCAUAUCUGCGCGCCUGCCGGAGCGAGUAUUCUCACUGCGGAGGAGUGUGUUUACGCAUCGAGACAACUUGGUAUGGGGGAUCAGGGACUAAUCCUGACGCAGAACACAGACGACGAUGGUUGGCCGGACGGCUGUUAUCAGGCGCUUUUUCCUGGUGACGUGAAUUAUCGGCUCGUGCUGCACCUCACGGACGCAACGACAGCACAGCGUCCACUUCUAGCCAGUCAGUUUUUCGCUCUUUGCAAGGCCAAAAAUGACCCGGUAUCGCUGGACUCCUUGUAUCAGGGUGCACGAGGCUUCUUCUCUGGAACGCUAACGGUGCAAAAAGUGCGGCACCCCUCGCUUCUUUUAGGGACGAUGGCGUUUCUCAAUGCCGUUCGAGAAGCAAUAGCAUACGCGGCUGAAAAUGGCGUCAAGCUGAAAGACGUGACGCUCACGGAAGCAGAGUCAUUUCAUCCGAGGCGGGAUGCUAAACGCAGCGGAACGGCACUACUGCUGAACUCGCAGCAUACUACUAGUUCUUCGUCCUCUCGUGGAGCAAGCAGAAAGGAGGUGCACGCAAUCAGCGCUGGAGAUGGAUCGCAGUCGCUGAAGAACCUCAACGGCAAGGGGCAGCAGCUGCUUCCUCCCCCGCCUGGCUUUCCCGCAUUCUCGCCGUCCGGUUCACCACAGCACGAGAUACGGACAGCGGGAGGCAUCUCGCUUAUCGCUGCUGAAGAGCAGGUCACGGAGGGUUUGGAACAGGCGCCAGCAUGCGUUGAUGGUGCAAUCGAGCCCUUGCCCAUGGUGUCGAUGGACUAUGACAUCACGGUCAAUUAUCGCAUCGCGCUUCAGAAUGAAGUCUAUCUGCAGGGAACUCCCGCCGGGGAGCGAUGGGUCAACGAGACGAGAGACAAAGUAGCAGCCUUGCUGGCUCAAUAUGGAGACGCCGCGUUGACGACAAGAAUAAAGGCGACAAAUUCGCAAGCCUCGGCGCUGCUGUUCGAUCCAGUUUCGGGGCCCUUCGCGGAUGCUCUUGGCGCGGUCACGAAUAAAGCCAAUGCAACUGUUGUUUUGCGCUCCUUCUCCUUCGAAGUCACAGACAUGGCAACCUUCAUGUCGGAGACGAUUCCGCCAAGAGCAGCGCUCAAACAGCUUCUUGGGUCCGUGGGAGGUAUUUCAGAUGACAUCUUCUUGAUCUUGAUGGCUCUUGAAGAUUUCUGCCUUGACUCUAGGAAAAGCGCAUCCAAUAGCUAGAAGUAUUCUUAGGAGGUAAACGUAAAGUCACAAGUGCAAGUUCAACAUACAUUUGAGAGAGAAUGUGAUCAUAUUCGAGGCGGGGUCUUCAAAAAUCUAGGUGAUGUUGUUUUUGCAUCGCGCUCUCAGGUUACGGCGCGUUCCCAGCGAACGGAAAAAUGGCUUUAUUGUUUCAGCCUAAGCUGAUUGGAUCUACAUCAACAAACUUCACCGGGUUCAAUACAGUGGCGGCGCCAAAUACUGGUCGUGGAUACGUGACCGUACUUGAUGAACUUCAAAUCUAGUUUUUGCAACUCUAAACGAGCAUUAAUGCUGCGACGAACAUGUGUUUUAAAUGACUGAUUUGUUUUUAGGUAUUUGUUUUUGCCUUUCAUUAUUCUCCAUCUCCACAUGAUUAAAUUUGGUAACAUCUAACCCGCACCAACCAGUGUUUUUAUGCGCUGGCCCUGGAGGUGAAGGCUGAAGCUGGGAAGGCGAACUAUACUUAUGAGCUUGGUGUUGCUGCGCAACAAAUGAACACGCUGCUGCACGUAACCGAGCGCAUGCUGCUUCGAAACGGGCGCGUUUUUACUGCCCUCGGGAUGCGCAUGCGAGCGCAGUCAGUCGGAGUGCAGGCGGAUGCGAUGGCGCAACAAUUACAGGCUGUUUUCGUGCUCGAGAAGCGACGGCGACAACUAGGUUUAGAUCUCAAGGCCGUCGCGGCACUAUCAAAGAUGUUGUGGAAACUGAGGGAGCUUAGCUCGGCAGACGCGGCAGCAAAAACAGUAUCAUCUAAACUGUUGUAGGCAGAUGUUCUUUGAUGAUGAAGUAGAAACAGGUAGACUUCUUCUUGGAGUUGUAGCAGCGUUGUUCAAUAUUUUCUCAAUAUCUCAUUUACGUUUUUAUUUUGUCAAUUAUCAUUUCCGCAGCCGGACACGACAACAGCGCUAGACGCGUAUGUCUCGGAUCUGGCGGCGAAGCUGGGUGGAUGGUGGAGUGACGUGGAGAACAUCAAGAGCCUCUAUAACCCCUCGUAUCGUUUGAAUGACGAACUUGAGAAGAUCGCGAAGAAGCGCGAAACGAUCGAGAAGCAGACCAUGCUUGCAAACGACGAGGAGAACAAAAAAGUUAUGCUUGCGCUUAGCACGGCUGCAUACUUGGGUAUAAGCGCUGUCCCCGGAUUGGACAAAAUUAAGACCUGUCGAUUCGAGCCUGUGGAGUAUCCGACAACAACGACAACAAGUAUGAUUAAAUCAAUUCAACACUGGCACUAGCUCUGCUUCCUUUCGACAACAAGAUUGUUUUUUUUAUACAUACUUACAUGCUAGAAAUGUUGCAAGAAGAAGUUGUUUUAUCAGAGCAGACGUUGCAAAUCAAAGAUCCCUUGACUCGUGUCUGCAGUGAAUGGCGAUUGAUUAAGAAUAUGACGUGUCAAAGUCAAUGUCCUCCCCUUUCCUUUCAGCGACUCCGAUUCGCUACGUGAAUGCAUUGGAUGUGAAGAUCCGCGCUGCGCCCAAGGGCACAACGGAAAGGAUAACAGGAAGUUUCGUAGUAGUUCGGACGGGAUCAACUUUUGAUGCCCACGCUCUGGAGGCAGCUCUGGCUGCGCAUCUCGGGAAAAAGUUUGCGCAAUACAACUACGAGUGGGCAAGGCUUACGUCCGUUCCUGGCAUGGUAAGAGAAACCUACAGAGUUCCCUAAGCGUGACCUUCGUGUUAAUCAAGAAAAAAUGACUAUCUAUGCAAGGAACCCAGGGAUCGCAGCAUCAGCUGUGAUUUUGAUGACUUUGAAUCGAGAAGACACAACCACAAGCAUCGGAAACAAUCUACUUACUGGUGUUCUUCAUUCAUUUACAAAUAGGUUCGCAAAUUGCUCUUUCCGGAUUGUGACUCAUUGCGUGGGUGCAGUCCGCAGAAGCCGAACAAGAUUCGGAUUCAGAUCGGUGACGGUCGCACGCAGGCGCCAACAGCGCCACCCGCACCCAAGUUCAUCUCAGUGAAUCAAGGAGCGACGCGCAUUUUUGGGAGAUUUCUGAUUAAGGUGACGUCUUUUCCGCUAGAAAUUCUUGACCGUGCGUCCACCGCGGCUCGUGACUUUGAGACACAGUUGAUUGCAGCCCUACAGUCGGUCUUCCAAGCACGUCCAGGCCAUUUACGCAUCAAGGAGAUCGGACCAGUACAGUAUAACCAAGCGCUUCCGAAUGGUGGAGUAGGCUACAUCGAUCCAACGACAGGGGACUUUGUGCUGGGCAACGCCACGGAUUACACCAACGGCAUCGGUGCAACGUGGCGCGUUUCACCGGCGGCUGCCUCUCAAGCACAGCAGAUGCAAUUUGAGAGCAUGAACUCGACAGCAAAAGCAACUUUGGUCGCGAACAUGAUGGGCCUGAAUAUCAGCAACAUCACGCAGCUCUCUGUCGGUUUCACGAUGACAGGUACGCUGAAGACGUUCUUGCAUGUUUAUUUUGAACAUGAAGAUUCUCAGUAGUGUGGUAAGGGCAAGAGGUCGAGCGAAAAAAUUUUUGAUCAUACAUUUUUGUUCAAUUACAAUAAAUUUGUUAUAAAUAUUCAAAAUCAGAUCCGGAAUUCGAGAAGGAUCCUUAUUAUGGUUUACUUUACCGUGCCGACAAGUACAUCGGGUCGCUGCCUCUGCGAACCAUAACCGAUCUUUUAAACGCGAAUUUGAAAAACUUUGCGGGCACUGUCAGCAAACUCGACCACCGGAUGCUAGUGCGCAGUCAGAGCGGCCUUGGCGUGGUAUCGAACAAGGGAGCUGGAGGUGUGUCUGCGUUGUCAACAGGCGUGCAAUGGCGUGACGGGUUCGGCUCUAUGAGCUCUGGCAAUGUCGCGAUUAGCUGGAGUGGCGGGGGCGGACUUGCACAGAUGAGUCUAGUUGACAAAACCGGCUUUGGCCAAACGCCGAAUCCGCAGGUAUCCUCGAGUCCAGCUGAUGCGUCGGGUUUGUUCAAGGUGAACGCGCUCUUUCUGUUAGACUUCUCGCAGAUUCCUGAGGUGGAAAAGGGCGAGUUUGGAUUCGUAGAUUGGUAUUUCAAGUCCCUUUUCGAAGUGGUCGUGCAGAAAAGUUUGGGCGUCUCAAACGUGAAGGCCAAGGUGCGUACUGCCGCACGAACAGGCAAAGGAAGCAACUUCUUCUUUGUGCUCGUUGAGCUCUCCUCUGAAGCGAAUAUUCGCUCAGACAUCAUCGACAUCGCUUCAGUUUCGUACAUCCGCGCUGCGUUGGGAAAUGCACAGAACGAGUGCAGCAUUUGCAACCAGGUAGUAAAAAAGAGAGUAGGCCGCGAAAGGUGUAGGAUUACGGUUUGAUGAUGAAACUGAAAGAAAAUCAAGAUGCUUACAAGUAUGCGUUACUUCAUUUACAAUUAUACUCACGCUGUUACUUAUCUUUCGCAUCUUCAACAGUUUCUGCAAUCGGCGAGUGGCAUGGGCGGGUUGUUUGCACCCGGCGCGACGCCGGAGGACGGGGAUACCUUUCCGCCCACUGGGUGCGAUCCAAGCUUGUCGAAGUGGUUCUUGGGUUCGUACGCAGACCGCGAUAUGACCGACCCUAAGUGGCGAGCAAUGGUGUUCGAUAUGUGCGUGAAUGCGCAGCCGGCAGUAGCCGCAUCACCGGACCAGUUGAGCACGGUGUUCAACAGCGGGGUCACGACUGGUCCGAUGUUGACAAUAUCCGCUGCUGCGCAAGCAAGGAUAGCAGGAGACCAGGUCCUAAAGACAGUGAACAGUGAGGGCGCGUCGAGAGCUGUCAUCGCCGGUGCGUUCGGUGGCUUUGGUGCCAGCCUCGUGAAUUCCGUGUCGCAUGUUCUCGCAUCGGAAGCAGAGCGCGGCUACUUCGUCGAUUUCACCAUCCGGGCGCCAUUCGAUAUCGCGGACGACGUUCGAAAAGCGUUGGCGGAUCCGGUAUUGCCCUACGUCCUGACCAGUCCCGAGGGCGCAGAGAUUCGGGGCGUGCUAGUGGACGGUGGCGAUGCCGCAAAGAUGCUCGACUCGCCGCCGGCGACUGGAGGAGCCGGCUUGCACCUCAGAAACUUCGGAUCGACAAGUCUGACGGUGCCAAACGCCUUUGCGGAUGCGGAAUCUGUACUCGGUGGCGGAGUGACGGUCGACAUCAAUCUGCCAGGAAACAAGGACCAAACAAUCGACUUUCAGACGGUCGCGGCUCGACCAGCUGCGAUAAGAGCUAGUGCGCUGCGUAGAGGUCUCACUUCACAGGUGCCCCUUGCUGCAGCGAGCCGUUAGCUACACUAACUUUCAUUCGUGAAUAAUGAGAAGACACUAUCACCAAAGCCAAAUGCAAAUCUUGCACUUACAUUUAAUAAUAUAAUGAUUUCAGAUUACCCUAAUUUUCACUUGUAGAUAUUAUUCAAUACAAUUUAUUUGUAGCAAAGAAAAAAGAAGUAGUUCAUUCAAUUUAGUUUCAGUUAUAGUUGAAGUUGAUUACUUACAUACGCUUACGCAUCGGAAAUUGAUUAUUGUUGGCUAAUGGUUGAUUCACUUAUGACAAAAUCUGUUUACCAAAAGAGACCACGACAGGCAAUCAACUUCCCCUUCUGGGAUCGACGUGAGCCGUUGAGGUCCGAGGUUAAUCACGAUGAUUUGUAGAGAUUGGUAUGUUGAGCUUACACUUUCAUUUAUACGCAUCCAUAAUGGUCAAAAAUUCUAUUGAAAGUCAGUGACUCUACUUCUUGAUGUCUAAUUAGUGUUUUUCACCUAAGGGUUUCACUAUCCCCGUGUAGAGAUGAUGAACAGGCCGUGCUGAUAAUACAUGCACAAAAUGAACAUACAACCACCAACUUCCACAGGGCAGGCUGCUGCAAGCAUGCCAAGAAAGCACUUCAUUAACAACACAGUAUCAGACCAUUUUCAGAUCAUCUAGUACUUAGUUUCGCCAUAUUCGAUUCAAACUUGAUGUGAUUGUGUUUGUGAUCAUAUGCCAGAAAAAAUGCAUGUGUACAGACUACUUUGUUUUUACCUUUUGCUUUUUCUUUGAACAGUCAGUCAUAGUUGCUUGCAAUCUCUUUGUUUCUUUGUGCUUUCAUGAAUGUUGUGAAGAUUCCUCGAUUAUGUAUACCUAAUAUCUAAUAUCUAACAAUUGCGAAGCGGAUCGUAAACGUUUGUAGUACCAACCAAACACAAAUCGCUAUCAUCUGUAAUCUUAAUGUCGACAAGUACCGCCAAAAGUCAUUCGAAUAUCGGUAUAUUUUUCGCUAAAAUAAAUGUUGAUACAUUUCUUUCGACUGCAUCCAAGAUUUUUCUCAUCUUCUCACUUUUCAGCAUUGUUCCCGAACCUAGUUGACGCCUAUGUCGGCGACCUGGCGGGCAGUGCCUCCAAGAGGUCAUACGAUGCAGGUGGUUUUCAAACGCCAGGAAAGAAUCUUCUAUCUGAGAAAAAUGAAAGAUUAAGAUUUUUUGUAGAGAAGAUGAUUACGCUAGUUGUCUCUACAACGAUGAUUACGCUAGUUGUCUCUACAACGAUCAAAGCCAUGCUGGUCUUUAUGUGACGAGCGGCACUCUCGUAUCAGUGGAAGGCUGGUGGUUUCAACAGCAACGCUUACUCCAUCGGCUGCUCUUGGCUCCAGAUUGGCGAAGAAGUAAACAAGG